CUCAAUCUGGAAUGUUCUGCUGGUCCUGUCCUUCCAAAGCCCUUGCCCACUCAGCUCCUGUUUCCUCACACUGGAAUAUUUUUAAACCAGAGUGUUAUCUGUGAGAGCUUCUGUUAAUCUUAUCUGUUCAACCCUUUUCCCACCCUGUUAGGACAAGUCGGGGCUUCCCGGAGCAGACGUGCAUCCAUUCCUCAUAAGCCAUGGAGUGAGCUAAAGGGGUCGCGUCGAUCUUGUUGGGGCUGCACUUGGGAUCAGGGCUGCCAGUCACAACCUCAGUCAUGUCUGGCCGCACAGUGCCACAUGCCCACCCAGCCACUGCCGAGUACGAAUUUGCCAACCCCAGCCGCCUGGGUGAGCAGCGCUUCGGAGAAGGUCUUCUUCCAGAAGAGAUCCUGACCCCCACCCUCUACCAUGGCUACUAUGUUCGGCCUCGGGCCGCCAGAGCUGGGGAGGGCAGUAGGGCAGGGGCCUCAGAGCUCAGGCUCAGCGAGGGCAAGUUCCAGGCAUUUCUUGAUGUGAGCCACUUUACCCCAGACGAGGUGACCGUGAGGACUGUGGACAACCUGCUGGAGGUGUCGGCUCGGCACCCCCAGCGUCUGGAUCGACACGGCUUUGUGUCCCGAGAGUUCUGUCGCACCUAUGUCCUGCCAGCAGAUGUGGACCCCUGGCGGGUUCGAGCUGCCCUCUCCCAUGAUGGCAUCCUUAACUUGGAGGCGCCUCGAGGUGGCCGGCAUUUGGACACGGAAGUCAAUGAGGUCUACAUCUCUCUGCUCCCUGCGCCUCCUGACCCAGAGGAAGAGGAAGAAGUAGCCACAGUUGAGUCCUGACCGCCCGCGGGAGAGCCAGCACCCAGUGAAUCUCCUGUCUACGUCUCACGGGGAUUCCAGAAGUCCACCACCCCAGAGGUAGCAGCGUCCUCAGGGGAAGGGACAGGUGUAUGGUCCACAGUGUAUGAUUUGGUUCUUUGAUGUAUCGUAGCAUUUGAUUUAGUUCUGGGUGGAGAUGAAUAAACCCAAACCUUGGGGCCUUGUUUGUGCUGCUCCUGUUCUGUGGCCUGGAAGACCGAACCGCGAACGGAUUGGAAGGUCAUAGGGAGCAAUUUCCACUGUGAAAUGUGCCCAUCGUCUCAGCCUCCUAAGCUCACACUUGGAUGCUGAGGUCACCCCCGGAAGCUCACGCUGGCUCCAGAUCAAAUUCCUAGCCAUAAUUUUCUCACAAUGCAACAAAAGAGAGAAUGAUCCUGGGAGGGAGAGGGAUAGGCCAUCCAAAUAGCCCAGAGGGCACUGUCUGAGCCAGUGAUUAGAGACACAAAAACAAGGGUCUCCAGACUGUCUGGCCUUUUUGGGUAGGGGUUAGAAAAAUGUUUUCUUUUUUGGCUGGGGAGAGUUUCCUAAAGCUCUGGGGUGAAUGUUUUGCUUUCCUGUAUCAAUGGCUUUGUCCCGAAAGGUCUCUGGUUGAGAGAAGGGGUGUGCAUAUGUGGGGUACAGACACUAAUUCACCACUAUCCCUGAACCCACAGCCUUCCCAUCUUGAGUACAGCGGAGGCCCAUCCUUGAUUUUGUAAUAACCCAUAGAGAGGAAGCACAGAACGCCAGCCGUCCUAAUCUAAGACUCAGGGCAGCUUCCACUGUCGUUCUGCGGUGGCAGUGGUCAGGAAGGCUCAAGGCGACUUUAGUGCUGGGAGAACAGUGCAUUAAAAAAUGUCAGUUGGUUGA